UACUUGCAGCAUAUAAGUACCUAUCCUCACCUUUCAUUUCUCUCACACAGGAGAUAGCCUUCCCUAGCUAAUUAAGCUCUUGCUGCUCUCCCAAACUCACCCAUGGCCAAUUUCCAAAUCACUCCAAGCCGUGUAACCGUUGAGAACACCGAGUACAGCUUCAGCAACCUCUACUUGUUCCAAACCCCUCUGGAUCCAAACAGGAACCAGUUUGGAGUGACAAGCUCGGAUGCCGCUACCGGUCCGGGUGCCAUCGUCGUCAACAACUGGCCGAUAUACGAUGGAGCAGGCCCAGGCGCUACCGUCGUAGCCCGUGCGCAAGGCUUGCACAUCCAUGCUGGUAACUGGAACAAUGUUUUCAGCAUAGUGUUCGAGAAUCAGAGGUUUCAUGGCUCAACGCUUGAGGUGAUGGGCAUAUCUGUUGAGCAUGGUGAGCAUGCCAUUGUUGGUGGAACCGGGCAGUUCGCCAUGGCAAGAGGCGUCAUCUACAAAAAGUUCCACGAGCCGAGGAGCGAUGGUAACAUCAUACAACUUACCAUCCGCGGAUUCUUCCCCGUGCUGAAACGAUCGCCGCAGACGAGCCGUGUCAUCAAGAAGGGGCCAUAUGGUGGAAAUGGAGGGGUAGCUUGGGACAUAACAGACACACCGAGUCGUCUAGAGAGCAUCACAAUUCAUUACGGCGGAGUUAUUGACGGAAUUGAAUUUUCAUAUUUUGACCAAUAUGAUCAGAAGCACACAACAGGGCGGUGGGGUGGUUCAGGAGGAACGUCUACCAGAACGAUUGAGCUUGCACCUUCUGAGUUUGUCAAGGAAGUUUUUGGAACAAUCGGCUCUUACAGCCCGUACAACAACAUCAUUAGAACCCUUGCGAUCGUCACCAACGUCAGGACAUACGGGCCUUUUGGGAACCCACGAAAUGGAACCACGCCAUUCAGCAUCCCCGCGCAGAACAACGGCAGCAUUGUGGGCUUCUUUGCGCGCGGCAUGCGAUUCCUCGACGCCAUUGGCGUCUAUGUGCAAGAGACGCAAAUUUAAUUAGGUUACGUGUGUUGCUGAAAUAAUGAGGGGGAUCUUCUCUUGUGCUGAUGAUCCUUUCUACUUGUAAUUCUUUUUCUUAAAUUGUUUCCCUUCCAUACGCUUUGUCUUUUGAAUGCAAGCAAGCAGCAAUCCCGUGAAGCUUUGUUGGUUAUAA